AGGCGCUCCGCGCCCUUGGCGGGGGCAGCGCUUGCCGCGGCCAUGGCGGCGUGGCCCGCCGUGCCCCUCGGGAUCAACCUCGGCGGGUCGCUGCUGGGUUUCGUGGCCACGCUCACGCUGAUCCCGGCCUUCAAGGAACGCUUCCUGGCGGCGCGGCUCUUCGGCGAGGACCUCAACAAGGCCUCCCGGCAGCCCGUUCCUGAGGCGCAGGGCGUGAUCAGCGGGGCCGUGUUCCUCAUCAUCCUCUUCUGCUUCAUCCCCGUGCCCUUCCUGCGGUGCUUCGUGGAGAAUCAGUGCGCGGCCUUUCCUUACGAUGAGUUCGUGGAGCUCAUCGGCUCGCUCCUUGCCAUUUGCUGCAUGAUUUUCCUGGGCUUUGCAGAUGAUGUCUUGAACCUGCGCUGGCGCCACAAGCUCCUUCUUCCUACCAUGGCUUCCCUCCCAUUGCUCAUGGUGUACUUCACCAACUUUGGGAACACGACCAUUGUGGUGCCUAAGCCCUUCCGGGUUCUACUGGGCAUGCACUUGGACCUGGGGGAUUAUCGGGAUGAUCACAUUUUUUCUCUCUACUUUAUGAUUCCCUUUUUUUUUACCACGCUGGGGCUGUUUUACCACAACUGGUACCCAUCCCAAGUGUUUGUUGGGGACACCUUCUGCUACUUUGCUGGCAUGACCUUUGCUGUGGUGGGCAUCUUGGGGCACUUCAGCAAAACAAUGCUGCUUUUUUUCAUCCCACAAGUGCUCAAUUUCCUCUACUCAUUGCCUCAACUCUUCCAUGUCAUUCCUUGUCCCCGCCAUCGGCUGCCAAGGCUCGAUCCUAGUACAGGGAAGUUGGAGAUGAGCUACUCCAAAUUCAAAACUAAGAGCCUCUCAGCCCUGGGAACAUACAUUUUGAAGGCAGUAAAGAUCUUGCACAUAGUAGAUGUGAGAAGUGGAAUGGAUGAAGAUGGCGAAUACACCGAGUGCAAUAACAUGACACUUAUUAACUUUGUUAUAAAGCUGAUUGGACCCACCCACGAGCGAAAUCUCACUCUCCUGUUGCUACUCAUCCAGGUCCUGGGGAGUACGAUUGCAUUUUCAAUCCGGUACCAACUAGUGCGGUUGUUUUAUGAUGUCUGACUAGGCUACUAGGAGUCAGUGGUAAGAGUUGCACUUUACAGUCAACUUUCUCCAAUUGCUGACCAAAUAAUUCAAAUGAUCUUAUUCUGGUCCUCUGAGAACAUCAGGCCACCUUUCAAAAGGCAAGCCAAUCUCUGGGCCAGUCCAGAAUCACAAUCUUUUUUUUGUGCACAAAGGUCUUUUGUCCAAUUCUGCUGACAGAAGAGAUUCAACGCUACUCGGACGUCACUGUUAAUGGGAUUACCUUUGAGACGGGAAAAUAAGGAACCCACCUUUUUUUUUUUUUUUUUUUUUUUUUUCUUUUUUCAAACGCACAAUGCUUAGGGAAGGGGGGAAGAGAUGAAACCGCUAUGAAUUUAAGAAGCGCCUUUCUGUUCCCUGAGAGAAAACAGGAACUUCUGUUUCUGUAAGAUGCUACAUCAGAACAGAGUGGACAUAGAAUAUUGUUAUAAAUCAUACCCAAAAUUCAGAGCACUCUGAGAAUAAAAUAACUCAAGGUA